AUGAACUUUUGUUUUUCCGCAAAGAAGUUCGGUUGCGCUUUCGGAGUUUAUAAAAGUGUUUUAAAGUUACGUUCUAAUUUUCAAAGUAUUCAAAUAGUUAAUAUGGGUUUAUUGACGGAAGGUAGCCCUCUUUCUUGGGAAGAAACCAAAGCAUUAGCGGAACAUGUGCGGCGACAUGGUAUUGAACAGUUUAUUAAUCUCUACAGCAAGCUUAGAGACCGUACUGGAGAUGUACUCAAGUGGGGUGAUGAGGUGGAGUAUAUUAUAGUUAAAUUUGAUGAUGUUAAUCAACGAGCCACUGUAAGUCUAAGAGCUGAGGAAGUUCUGCCUAAACUGCAAGAAAAAGAAUUGAAAGAUCCUCAAAAUGUAAAAAGCCUCUGGCGACCAGAAUAUGGAGCUUAUAUGAUUGAAGGGACUCCGGGGAAGCCAUAUGGAGGGCUGCUGGCUCAUUUCAACAUAGUUGAAGCAAAUAUGCGCUAUCGUAGGGCCGAAGCAAGUGCACUUUUAAAAGAUGGUGAAGUCAUUAUGAGUAUUACAAAUUUUCCUAGAUUAGGCAGUCCAAACUUUACAUCUCCACCAUACAAACCCACUCCGGACAGGGGUGUGUCAUUAUCAUACUUCUUCCCUGAUCAAGCAACAUUCCCUGGACACCCGCGUUAUAGGACACUUGCCGAAAAUAUUCGGAAGAGAAGAGGAAAUAGAAUGGCCAUAAAUAUUCCAGUAUACCGCGAUGUGAACACUAAGAUUCCUAUCGACGAUUUCCACAAGAUACUACCAGAUUUAGCUAAACCGGACUCUGUUUAUUUGGAUGCUAUGGGUUUGGGUAUGGGUUGUUGCUGUCUUCAGGUCACAUUCCAGGCUUGUUGUAUAACUGAAGCCCGCACAUUGUACGACCAACUGGCUCCCUUGUGUCCAAUCAUGCUAGCGUUGUCAGCUGCGUCUCCCGUGUACCGAGGUUACCUGACGGAUGUUGACUGUCGCUGGAAUGUCGUCUCAGCCUCAGUUGACUGCCGUACUAGAGAGGAGUUGGGUCUGGAGCCGCUGAAGAAUGACAAGUUCCGUAUACACAAAUCACGCUACGACUCAAUCGAUUCCUACCUAUCACCUGAACAUGAAAAGUACAACGAUAUCGAGGUGGUGCACGAUCCCGCAGUGUACCGUCGUCUUCGCGAGGGUGGUAUAGAUCACCCCCUGGCGAUCCACGUGGCGCAUCUCUUCAUACGAGACACGGUGUCUCUGUUCAGUGAAAAGGUUCACCAGGAUGAUGAGAAUGAUACUGAUCAUUUUGAAAACAUUCAAUCCACCAACUGGCAGACCAUGCGUUUCAAGCCUCCUCCUCCGAACUCUCCAAUCGGUUGGCGCGUCGAGUUCCGUCCUUGUGACGCUCAGCUCACAGACUUUGAGAACGCCGCCUAUGUAUGCUUCGUGGUGCUCCUAACACGCGUCAUAUUAACAUACAACCUCAAAUUCGUGAUGCCCAUCAGUAAGGUGGAUGAGAACAUGCAGCGCGCGCAGCGUCGCGGCGCGUGCGCAUCACAGCGCUUCUGGUGGCGUCGCGACGUACGCUCACCUGACGCCGACACGUACCUAGAGAUGACCGUACACGAGAUCAUUAACGGAAAGGAGGGCGUGUUCCCUGGUCUGAUCCCUCUCAUAGAGUCCUACCUGUCUGGUAUGGACGUGGACGCGGACACUCACUGCUCCGUACAACAGUACCUGAAGCUGAUACAACGCCGCGCCUCAGGCGAAAUACUCACCAUGGCCUCCUGGAUGAGAGAAUUCAUUGGCAAACAUCCACAAUACAAAAAAGAUUCCAUCGUCACCGAAAAGAUCAACUACGACCUUCUAAAGACAGCGUACGGUAUUCAGUCCGGUACGAUCCCAGCGCCCACGCUCCUCGGCAGCUCCAACGUGUCAAAGACCAACGACGACAUCCCCAAAGCGUUCAGCAAGAUGAUGAGCAAGGACUGCCCUUAG